GCACGUAAUGUAAUACAACGCAUAUUCCGAAAUCCGAAUGCUGCGUUAUUAUUCUCUUCGUAUCGUCACUCGUCUUUGUGAAUUAUCGUGAAUUGUUAUGCAGACGAUGUAAUUCACAUCAUGCUGUUAUGUUUUCGUUAUCAUUGUCAAUAAUAAACAUGCUAUCCUUUUUCCGAAAGUUAUCAAUUGGUGGAAAGAUAAAGGAUGGUAUACUGCCAGAGACAGUCAUGGGAACGGCAGAGGAUCUAUUGACGGCGAAGAAUCAAACGUUAAAGACGGAUAUCGAGUUAAAAGAAUCCGUUUACGGCAAGUUUUGCGCUCUAUUUGUGUCUUGUAACGCGCGACCUUUUGGAUAUUGUCCGAUAUCAUUGAUAUGCAAUUCUUAUUGCUCUUCAGAUUUAUUAAGGACAAUCAAGGAUCCUGAAAAACCACAAACUUUGGAGCAACUGGAUGUUGUCUAUGAAGAUUGCAUCAAAGUUUGCCACAGCACCCCAGGAGGAGUUUCUGUCAUUCGUGUGGAAUUUAAUCCUACAGUGCCUCACUGUUCUUUGGCAACUCUAAUAGGAUUGUGCAUCCGCGUUAAAUUAGAACGUCAAUUAUCAGCUUCAUUUAAAUUAGACAUCUAUAUUAAAAAAGGUGCACAUUCUACUGAACAAGAAAUUAAUAAACAAGUUAAUGAUAAGGAACGUAUAGCGGCUGCAAUGGAAAAUCCAAACUUACGGGAACUGGUGGAGAAAUGUAUACUAGAAGAGGAUUAUUAGUGUUUUGCGAUAAAGCAUAUGCUACAUCAGAUAUUUUUCCAAAAUACAAUUUUAAUCUAAUUUAUGAUAAUCAUGUAAAUAAAUAACGUACUUUGUUUAUAUUGACGUAUAAUUAAGUCCAACUCAUCUCGCGCAUAAACGCGUAAUAAAAUUAUUUUAAUAGAGAUAUUACAAUUAUUAUAAAUCAAAUUUUUGUAACUUGAUAAUUAUAAUCUUGUAUUUUAGAGAUGCAUAAGUGUAUACCUAUCUAAUCGUAUAGA